AUGAAUGCCCUCCGCCUUGCCGCACGACAUCUGAAACCAACACCGCCCAUCCCCACACACAGACCGGCUAUCAUCACAAAAGCCAAAGCUAAAGCCACAAAAAUGUCUACAUUCACAAUACCUGGCUCAAACUUCAACGUGAAUAGCAUCCCAGACCUAAGUCAGAAUGAUUUACUCUCAUUCCCAGCCUUCAAAGUCUGGAUAAAAACACUUCAACGAUCCCUCGCGCGACAAGAACACCCCUCGCACGAGUUCCACAGUGAUCCAUACGUACUGCGCAAAAUCGAUAUCCAAUCUGUCGACCGCUUCGGUGGCGGUCGACUAGGCUUCCUGAAAUUAAAAGCGGAGGUAUCGAAUGGCCAGGGCGAGACUUUGCCUGGUAGCGUAUUUCUGCGGGGGGGCAGUGUCGGAAUGCUGCUCAUUCUCCAGCCGGAUGAUAUACCCUCCCCAACUGAAAAUGACAAGCGCGCUAUCCUAACUAUCCAGCCCCGAAUUCCGGCUGGUUCGCUGGCGUUCCCGGAGAUUCCGGCCGGGAUGCUUGAUGAUAGCGGGACUUUUGCUGGCGGUGCAGCGAAAGAGAUCCAAGAGGAGACGGGAUUGUUGGUUGAGCAGGGGGAUUUGAUUGAUAUGACCUCGCUGGCGCUGCAGGCUGCGCAGGAACCUGGUGAUGGUGAGCGCCUGCAGGAGGCAGUUUAUCCGUCCCCUGGCGGAAGUGACGAGUUUAUUCCGUUGUUUUUGUGUCAGAAGUCUAUGCCUCGGAAAGAGAUUGAGGAGUUGCAGGGUAAGUUAACUGGGUUGCGGGAGCAUGGGGAAAAGAUUACGCUUAAGAUUGUUCCUUUGGCAGAUUUGUGGAAGGAGGGGCUUAGGGAUGGGAAGACUUUGGCUGCUUGGGCAUUGUAUCAGGGGUUGAAGCAGGAAGGGUUGCUUUGA